UCUAGUGGAUCACGUGACACGGGACGCUUCUUCAACAACAACACGGCCACUGAUUCAUUCAGUCGCCACUCGGUAGUUAGCCAACGUAAAAUCGGAACAUUGAAGCUCUUUAGACCAUUUGUGUGUGUAUUGAUCUCGGUGUCGUUUGCUUGUUAAAAUUGACACAUGUGUUAAGGUUGAUUAUACUGAGCCUAAGCGCUAGGCUAAUGCUAAUUUUAGGUAGCCCAACCAUGAACUCACAAAUAUACUCCCAUCCUGCUAAAGAAGAGGGGGUCUCCUGGACGGGGAAAGAAGCUCUGGGUCUGAACAUUGUCGUAAAAGAAGAGGAAGAGGAGAAUAUUACAGUGGAAGAAGCUUUCAGAAUAAAACAGGAGGAAGAGGAGGCUAUCACGUAUAACGAUGUUAUAGUGAAAGAAGAGGAAGAAGCUUUCCGAAUAAAAAAGGAGGAAGAUGAGAAUGUUACAGUGAAAGAAGAGAAAGAACAUUUUGGAGUGAAAGAGGAAGAUGAGGCUAUCUCAAUAAAAGAGGAGGAAGAGGAAGAUGUUCUGGGAGUGAAAAGGGAUGAGGAGGAAGGAGAGGAAGUGGAGACUGGAGAUCUGAUUGACACUAGAGAGAGACCAGACUCUCACUCUGACAGCGGGAAGAGUCCUUCAGGGGAACCAGACCCAGAGAUGCCCAAACCAGCAGGAAAACACCACUGUUCUCACUGUGGAAAGAGUUUUACCUGGUUAGGGUACCUAAAACGUCAUGAGAGAACACACACAGGAGAAAAGCCUUUCCAAUGUUCCCAGUGUGGAAAGAGUUUUACCGUGUUAGUUAACCUGAAAAGACAUGAGAGAAUACACACGGGAGAAAAGCCUUAUCACUGUUCCCACUGUGGAAAGAGUUUUACUCAGUUAGGGAACCUAAAACAGCAUGAGUGGACACACACAGAAGAAAAGCCUUACCACUGCUUCCAAUGUGAAAAUAGAUUUUCACGAUCAGUGGACCUAAAAGCUCACGAGAGAAUACACACAGGAGAAAAGCCUUUCCAAUGUUCCCAGUGUGGAAAGAGUUUUACCGUGGUAGCUAACCUGAAAAGGCACGAGAGAAUACACACAGGAGAAAAGCCUUACCAAUGUUCCCACUGUGGAAAGAGUUUUACUCAGUUGGGGCACUUAAAAAAGCACGAGUGGACACAUACAGAAGAAAAGCCUUAUCACUGUUCCCACUGUGGAAAGAGAUUUUCACGAUCAGGGGACCUAAAAACUCACGAGACAACACACAUAGGAGAAACACCUUUCCAAUGUUCCCAAUGUGGAAAGAGUUAUGUUAAGUCACGGUACCUAAAAGAGCAUAAGAGAACACACAGAGGGGAAAAGCUUACCCAAUGUUCUUAGUGUGGUGACGGGAUCUCUCAAAUAGAUGGUAUGAAGAUAGUUGAGAACAAAGCCUUUACAGUGGAGAGGGUUUUACCAUGUUAGUUAACCUGAAAAUACAUGAAAGAAUACGCUCUGGAGAAAAGCCUUUCCACUGCUCCUAAUAUAUAAAUACUUUUGCCAGGUUAGGGAGUCUGGAGUCACAUGAGUGGAGCACUACCACUGGUCCCGCUGUGGAACAUGUUUUAACCAGUUAGAGAAGAGGAGCACUACCACUGGUCCCGCUGUGGAACAUGUUUUAACCAGUCAGAGAAGAGGAGCACUACCACUGGUCCUGCUGUGGAACAUGUUUUAACCAGUUAGAGAAGAGGAGCACUACCACUGGUCCUGCUGUGGAACAUGUUUUAACCAGUCAGAGAAGAGGAGCACUACCACUGGUCCCGCUGUGGAACAUGUUUUAACCAGUCAGAGAAGAGGAGCACUACCACUGGUCCUGCUGUGGAACAUGUUUUAACCAGUUAGAGAAGAGGAGCACUACCACUGGUCCCGCUGUGGAACAUGUUUUAACCAGUUAGAGAAGAGGAGCACUACCACUGGUCCCGCUGUGGAACAUGUUUUAACCAGUCAGAGAAGAGGAGCACUACCACUGGUCCCGCUGUGGAACAUGUUUUAACCAGUUAGAGAAGAGGAGCACCACCACUGGUCCCGCUGUGGAACAUGUUUUAACCAGUCAGAGAAGAGGAGCACUACCACUGGUCCCGCUGUGGAACAUGUUUUAACCAGUCAGAGAAGAGGAGCACUACCACUGGUCCCGCUGUGGAACAUGUUUUAACCAGUUAGAGAAGAGGAGCACUACCACUGGUCCUGCUGUGGAACAUGUUUUAACCAGUUAGAGAAGAGGAGCACUACCACUGGUCUCGCUGUGGAACAUGUUUUAACCAGUUAGAGAAGAGGAGCACUACCACUGGUCCUGCUGUGGAACAUGUUUUAACCAGUCAGAGAAGAGGAGCACUACCACUGGUCCCGCUGUGGAACAUGUUUUAACCAGUUAGAGAAGAGGAGCACUACCACUGGUCCCGCUGUGGAACAUGUUUUAACCAGUUAGAGAAGAGGAGCACUACCACUGGUCUCGCUGUGGAACAUGUUUUAACCAGUCAGAGAAGAGGAGCACUACCACUGGUCCUGCUGUGGAACAUGUUUUAACCAGUUAGAGAAGAGGAGCACUACCACUGGUCCCGCUGUGGAACAUGUUUUAACCAGUUAGAGAAGAGGAGCACUACCACUGGUCCCGCUGUGGAACAUGUUUUAACCAGUCAGAGAAGAGGAGCACUACCACUGGUCCCACUGUGGAACAUGUUUUAACCAGUUAGAGAAGAGGAGCACUACCACUGGUCCCGCUGUGGAACAUGUUUUAAAACCAGUUAGAGAAGAGGAGCACUACCACUGGUCCCGCUGUGGAACAUGUUUUAACCAGUUAGAGAAGAGGAGCACUACCACUGGUCCCGCUGUGGAACAUGUUUUAACCAGUUAGAGAAGAGGAGCACUACCACUGGUCCCGCUGUGGAACAUGUUUUAACCAGUCAGAGAAGAGGAGCACUACCACUGGUCCUGCUGUGGAACAUGUUUUAACCAGUCAGAGAAGAGGAGCACUACCACUGGUCCCCCUGUGGAACAUGUUUUAACCAGUUAGAGAAGAGGAGCACUACCACUGGUCCCGCUGUGGAACAUGUUUUAAAACCAGUUAGAGAAGAGGAGCACUACCACUGGUCCCACUGUGGAACAUGUUUUAACCAGUUAGAGAAGAGGAGCACUACCACUGGUCUCGCUGUGGAACAUGUUUUAACCAGUUAGAGAAGAUGAAAUCACACGAGAGAAUAGAGGCUGUGUUCUGUUUUUGACUGAGAAUUUGGGUUUUUGUUUAUGCCACCUGAAAUCAAAUAGUUUAUAUGAAAUCUUCCUUAAAAAAAAUAGGCCUACUUUAGUUUUUUUCAUCUUAAAAAAUAGCUCAAAGUCUGGCUAGGUCGGGUGGGAGGUAACCCAAUGGGUAUGUCUGGGUAGAAUGGUGGGAGUUAACCCAAUGGGUAUGUCUGGGUAGAAUGGUGGGAGUUAACCCAAUGGGCAUGUCUGGGUAGAAUGGUGGGAGGUAACCCAAUGGGUAUGUCUGGGUAGAAUGGUGGGAGGUAACCCAAUGGGUAUGUCUGGGUAGAAUGGUGGGAGUUAACCCAAUGGGCAUGUCUGGCUAGGUCGGGUGGGAGGUAACCCAGUGGGCAUGUCUGGGUAGAAUGGUGGGAGGUAACCCAAUGGGUAUGUCUGGGUAGAAUGGUGGGAGGUAACCCAAUGGGUAUGUCUGGGUAGAAUGGUGGGAGGUAACCCAAUGGGUAUGUCUGGGUAGAAUGGUGGGAGGUAACCCAAUGGGUAUGUCUGGGUAGAAUGGUGGGAGGUAACCCAAUGGGUAUGUCUGGGUAGAAUGUUGGGAGGUAACCCAAUGGGUAUGUCUGGGUAGAAUGGUGGGAGGUAACCCAAUGGGCAUGUCUGGGUAGAAUGGUGGGAGGUAACCCAAUGGGUAUGUCUGGGUAGAAUGGUGGGAGGUAACCCAAUGGGUAUGUCUGGGUAAACAAUAUGACCUGGUGUAUAGAACAGGAUUACACAGUUCCCAUUAGUUACUGGUGUCAUGACGUUGGCCUGGGGGUAGGUUUAUGACAGUCAUAAAUACCUCUUCCCCCCUUUUUUAGUCUCUCCUUAACCCCUUGGUUAACAAAGAGAUUCUGGGAAAAUCAGAAGGUGGUGGAAAAUGAACUAUAUUCUGGUAAUCCGACCAAUUGAACAUAUGCGGUGGUACUUAAUGAAUAUGAUGUCAGUUCGGUUGUCAUCUGAGACAUUCUCA